AUGGCUCAGAGUAUAGGAAGUUUGGCUAAUAUUUAUAUAAGGCCAAAUGACAAUUUGCCAGUCUACAGUAUCGAUAUACCGUUGGAGCAUUAUACUUUGUCCGAUGAAGUCAAAUCAUCCUUUGACCCCGAAGAUAAGUUCAAGAGACAAGUUACAGUAGUUGGCGGUUUUCUUGAGAUUGACAACGUUGUACAUAAACUGAACUACCGAAUUCAUCAAUCUUUGGACUCUUUUGAGCUGGUCCCUAUCACACUAAAUCAAACAAUUACUAAUUACGAUUUUCAGGCUCUAAGAUUUCAACUUCCUCAAGAUAUCACAAUACAAGAAAAAUGCUUUAGUAUUCAAUACGGUGGAGGUGAAAUAUUGGUGGAUUUCCUCUCCAGCAAGAACACCAUAAUUUCAUUGAAUAUAUCGCUCCAAAAUUUCAUAAAAGACAAGUCUGAACUCACGUCGUUGAACUUCCACACAUGGGGGUUUAUAUCUGCACCAUACUCAUUCGAAGUAAGGAAUCCAUUUCUUCUACGACCUUUGACUGAAAAUGAAUUGAUUUUGUCAUUGAAAGAUGGGGGUCUACUACAGCUUUCAAGGUCCAAAGAGCUUAAAACAUUUCACGUUACUAUCUUCAAUGAUACAUCGUAUCUUGACUCAUUAAAACUGAAGCUUUUUAGAAGGGGUAAGUUUUGGAAUGAAAAUCUGUCACCAAAGGCCAUAAUAUCCAUUUUACCCUUGACAGAAACUUACUUAGCUACGCUAUCCAUUGAUAAAAUAUUGCGUAUAUGGAACCUGAACACAAGAGGUGUUGUACUUGAGAGGAGUUUGUCGAACGAACUUCCUGACUCACUAGCAAAGGAUUAUUUGGACAGCAGCGUCGCAAACCUACUGCAAAAGAAAUUUUUUGGUAACACAGUAUAUCUUUCAGUUUCACUCCCUCUUUCAGAGAAUAUCAUAAUACUCUAUUCAGUCACAUUGAGUGACGAUACUGUUUCUUUAUCAAAUUUAGAAAACCAUGAAAUUUUGCCCAUCAAGCCAGAUACAGGAAAUCUCUGGCUACUUCAAGAUUAUGCAUUUCUGAUCACUGGUGCCACAUCUGCUAAGUUUUGGUUUUUAUGGAGAUCUAAUAGCUUCAGUGUAAUCCACCAGUAUGAUUUUAGUCUUGAUAAUGGGGAGUUAUCAAUCAAAAGUGCCCUUGAUUUGACGACGCCUAAAAGCUCCAUUAAGGAAGACUUCAACGGAAAAGUUGAUCAAAUCGACGCGCACUAUGUCACAAGAAUUUUCAAUCUCUAUGACCUAGCAAUUAUUUCAACAGUGUAUGAGAUAUUCGAACGACUUUAUUACGUUGACAAUUUUGUUUUUGAAAAAGAGCUUGCUAAAAGUUCCACAUAUUCUCUAAAGGACCGGAUUGUUAACUUGUUGCAUAGUCAUCUCACUAGCAAGGACAAUAACUUGUAUGAUCUCGGUAGUCAAUGGGUAAAAUUUGAGACUACUUGCAAGGAGCUAUGGGACACUAACAAUGAAUCACUGUCUAUCAACUUAGAUUUAGAAAACAACCUGCUUUAUGUUUUGAAUGGUUUGAAUUACUCUAUUGUUCGAGACGCUACAAUUUUUGAACUAAUACUAUCUGCCAAUCCUAUUACAAGUUCACAGAACAUUACUAAAACCAGUAUUGAGGAUCUAAAUCAGCUAUCAGCUUUGCUUAGUGACUACAGUUCUAGUUUUCCCCAAUCAGUACUGUCUGAAGUGGCUGAAAAAUUAUUGACUAUAUCAGACAAUGAAAGAAACAAGACAACAUUGGUGAUGAACGAGCUAUUUCAGAAAUAUCUGCAGUCAUACAUUUCUAAGCAGCAAAUCACAGAACUCUUAUCAGGACUGAGCAGCAUCGAACAUGUCAUAGAAUCGGUAGAGUUUUUGAUUUCGUAUCCAGAAUCUUCGUAUGAUUUUGAAGAAUAUAGUGAAUCUUCAGUUUCCAGACGAACUGAAUGGGGUGAAGAGAUUUUAUUCAGGGAAUUUCAAUCCAGGGCUCUGGUCCAUAAAGUAGUUUUUUUGAAUCUCAUUCUGGUCAUGAUUACGGUCGAUAAUUCAAAUGAGAUAAUUGUCACAUUGUUUGAAAAACUUUUAAAAAGCUUCAAACACAAUCAACUGGUACUUGAAGCAAUGAAAAGAACUUCUGAAAAACCUCCAAUAUUUGCCUCAAUCUUCAAAUUUUUAUUUCCUAAACCUCACAAUAUCAAUGGAAAUAGUAUUGCAUCAUUGUUUUCCCGAUUGCUCAAAGAGGUAGCGGAUGGUUCUUUUAUAAAAGCUACCGUAUCUCAUUUACUAAACCAGAAUGACUACACGUUGCUAGGUCCUGAAUUGAUGGUUCAUCUGCAGAAGGCUACGCCUGUCGAUGUUUUUUUAAGAGCAAUGGUAGCGAUUGAUGUCAAACCUGAAGAUGCUAAGGAAAUUUUUCAAAGAAAUGAUACAUUAAUAUCCAAACAUACUUUGACCCAACAUGAAUCUUGGCUCCUAAACCCAAUCGAGCGUCUAACCGUUUUAUUCAAUGUUUCUCUAACCGAGUAUUAUAAUCACCUAACUGAGUUUUUUUCUACUAGACAACUGCACAGUAUUGCACUUUCUAUGGCUUUACGUGCCAUAGAGAGUUCUGCUCCUGGUGAGGAUGAUCAUAUCCAACAAUGGAACUGCUUCACACUUGCACUAUCAGUAGAAAACUAUGAGUUGGCGUACUCUGCAACUCAAAACUUGAAGCCAGAGUUCAGGAAGAAUGCUCUAAAACAGUUUAUCUUGGCUUUAAUGAAGAAUGGGUUGUUGCUCAAAUUCAUCAACUACGACUUUACUGGAAGUCUUGAGCUUAUCAACGAAGUCCUUCAAGAAUUUAUUGACACAACACCGAAUCUGGAGGCCACUUUGAAGUUCCAUAAACUUGCAUAUUCCUGGCGACUGAAGGUCGGUGAUUAUCGUGGAGCAUGCGAGUCGCUGUACCAGUUUAUUGAUAAGCAAAGGAGCAGAGAAACAAGAAUGACAGAGAAUGAGAGCAUUGUUUUGGUGGAAUUCUACCUGAUCAUCAUCAAUCUACUGUUCACCUUUUCUAACGCCGAUGACAGAUGGAUUUUGGCAAAGCAAAAAGCUGGCAACAAAAUACUGACCUUACCAUCCCUACAAGAAGAAUACCAAGAUCUCAUUUCGAGUAUCUCAUAG